UCCAGCUCUGCGUCCACCGAAGAGACUUCCUGCAGCCUCUUGUGUCUUUGUAUCCGCAGGCGUGAACAUGGAGUCCUGCGGCACAGAUGAAACGAUACAAACGCACAAUCUACAAAUCAAAGGUACAGGUGUUUCAUGCAACAUGGAGUAUAAACUGAUCAUGGCUGUGUCCGGAUUCCCGAGUCUGUACGACACGAACUCUCUGACCUACCGGGACCUGAACAUGAGGAGCGACGCGUGGCGGCAGGUCGCGGAGAUAGUCGGUGUUCCCGAGUCUGAAUGCAGACGGAAGUGGAAGAUGCUGAGGGACCAACACCGGCGGGAAAGGCAGCGGGAGAAAGAGAGGCGUGAGAGUGGCGUGGGGCUUUUUAACUACAGACCGUGGAGAUAUUCGGCUAUUUUGUCCUUUUUGAACCCCUUCAUUGACGCCAGAGCAGCGGGCACCAACGGCUGGGCUCUGAACCCGCAGCCCUCUCAGUACCAGGUGUCUGAAAUGGUGGGCUGCAGCACGACCAGCGAAACACGGAGCGACGACGACGAGAAUUACGGCAUCGCUGUAGCAGAUGCUACAACAACAACACUAUCAUCUUCAUCCUCCUCCUCAGAGUUUGUUCAGAGGAAGCGGCCGUCUUCUGCCAACAGAGACGGCGUCCGACUUAAAGAAGCAAAGACCGAGUUGACCGAGGUGACCUCAGAGGCCGCAGCUACAGACGACGGCGUUCAAAUGCAACAAGUCCAGCAGGUUAACAUGAGGGAGCUGUUUGAGAUGAUGAUGCAGUCAGUUACCUCUCUGGCUUCGUCCUUAGCUUCCUCGCACACUCCCUCGCAGCUCUCUGAUCAGCUGAUGCCUCCUGCGCCGUCGUCCCCGGCAGUCCUGCGACCUGAUCUGCAGCAUCUGCAUCACCUUCAGACGCACCACGGCCCGCCGCCGUCCUGCUCGGCGUCCAGGCCGAGCCACCUGAAAACAGAAGAGCAGGAAGCGGUGGUGGCGGAGCUGUCCGACCUAACUGACGGCGAGGAGGAGUGCCCGGCCGCGUCUCCCAGGCCGACCCGAGCCAAGAGGAAGAGAAGCGACGGUCUGCUGGAGGAGUUCCUGAGGAGGAUGGAGGCCCGGGAGGCUCAGAGAGACCGUGACGUGGAUCAGAGAGACGACGUCACCCUGUUUUUACUCAGCCUGGCUCCCGCCAUGAGAAGACUUCCUGCAGAGAAACAGUCGUGGGUCAGAACCAAGAUACAGCAGUUUGUGCACGAGGCGGAGUUUGGUGCUACGAGUUUUCCCAAAUCCGAAAACAUUUUUAUUGAAUGAAUCCAGGACGGAUCCCAGUGGACUCCAAUAAUAAUUUAAUUCCCCCACAUUUUAUCCUCCAUUUUUAGAAUACUGUUGCUGAACGUGUCCUUUCUCACGUUUUUGUGCUGUUUUUAAUAAAAUCUUGUAACAGUAA